AUGAAGAUUUCAGAAGUAACAUUUGGCACUGGAUUGCCUGCACUUUUUCUUCUCAUCUGUCUUGCUAUUUACACAAGGAAAAAAGUCAAUGACCAUGCUCAGAUCCAACAGCAAAAUCAUGUGCCAGAUGAUAUCCUAACGACGACAAUAGCACAGCAGCUUCCUGUGUCUGCAAUGGGACUAGACAAGCUCACCAUUGAGUCUUAUCCGAUGACAGUAUUGGGCGAGAGCAAGCGAUUGCCUAAGCCUUGUGAUGCCACAUGUGCAAUCUGUUUGUCUGAAUACAAGCCGAGCGAGACACUGAGGACAAUACCAGAAUGCAAUCACUAUUUUCAUUCUGAUUGUAUAGAUGAAUGGCUCCAACUCAAUACCACUUGUCCAGUUUGUAGGAACCUGCAGGAGUCUACAACUCCUAUACCUUCAUCUACUUCGUUGAAUACUUGA